CAUAAGCAUAGAAGAAUUUUAUGUGUGUCCUACGUAAAAUUUUACGUACCGGUAUAAAAUUUGUGAUUUUAAAGCCUGAGAUUUUCCCAUGUUUAUUUUCAGUGCAUUGCUCCAGGGUUGUCUGUCUGUUACCGCCACAGCCUCUCCGGGAAUGUUAUGAAUACUUUGUUCAAAUUUGGCGUUUUGUGAAAAAAGAAAGCACAGCUCCCAAUUAACUUAACAUUUGUCUUAUCUAGUGUAUUGACGUGGAGCUGUCACUUGCUUGGAAACAACACGACAACAGCUCAAAGGCCGUGAACUAUUGGUGGCAAUGUCACAAUAACACCAAAGGAUUGACGCUGUUCGUGUUGAUUGAGGAUUGUUUCUACCGCUUUUCUUUGUUGGCACCGACAAAAGCGUAUUAUUUGCUUCCCCUAGAGUAGAUGUUGGAUACCCUAUCAUUUGGCCUGCUGAAAAUGAUUGCAUAGUCUGCAAUUUCUGCAUAGUCUAAAAUUUCCACUUUCUACUAUGGAAGGGGAAGAAAAAUCUCAAGCUGAUGGCACAAGCAGUCCAUCAGAUACUGAUACUGCAACAAGAGAUCCUUCACUGUUGCCACCAACUGCAACUGCCGUCAGUUGUACUUCUAGUCCCAAGUCUGUUGAUGGUCCCGCACCAUCCGUGGAGAGUUCCAAACCGACUGCCAUUUCAACUGAUGAUCCUAAAAGCGAGUGUGAUAAAAAUGAAUCUAACAGUGAAAAGCUCAACAAGUGUCCUAAAACAUCUGAAACAGAUGCCUCAUUGACUGAUGUAGUAGUUGUAUCAGAAGGAGCUGGUAACAAGAAAGACCAAGAAUCAUUAGCCGAGAGCUUGUCUGAGUGUAGUGAUAAUCCAAAGACUGACUCUGAGACUGACAUGAUACCACAGACUGUGAAUCCUCCUAUGAAUGAAGCUCAAGACAAUGCACCCUGUCCAGAUUCUGACAAAAACUCUCCAGAAAAGGGGGAAACAUCAUCUCAAACGCAUGCUGCUCAGUUGAUAAAAGAAAAUUCCAAAGAAGACAAGGAGCCUAGAGACACCUCAGAUGGACCUACUCCAGAAACCCAACCAAGCAAUUGCUCUGACAAAAUGUCUGAAAGUAUUAGUGACAAAAAUGAAAUAAAUGAUGAAGUGGCAAAGUCAGCCCUACAAGGGGCUGAUCUGGAAUCACAUGAUGAAGCAGAUGUUGAAUCCCAUGAAGAAGGCCAGUCUCAGACUGCAGAUAUGUCAGUCAUUCAAAGUGAAAAAACAAAUUCUAGUAAAUCGCAGUCUGGAGAAACAAGUGAAAUUGUCACUGUUGAUGAGUCCUCUAACUUAAGUUCUGAGACAGUUCCCUCUAUGGCACAUGCUGACCUCGAUCAAGUUAAUGUUGAGGAGUCCAUGGACACAACACCUCCAUGUGAAGACAGUGACCCAUUUUCAUGUUCAAAAGACAUAGACAAGCAUGAAGAUGCUUCAAUGGAAGUUGAUCCUGAGCCUAAUUCUGUUUCAGCCCCUGCCCUGCCACAGAAAGAUGUGUUAGAGGAGAGUUCUAUCUCUGAUACUGCUACCAAGUCAUCCAGUGAUAAACCAACCACCGAAGUGGAGGCAAAUAAUGCAGGGACUAUAGAAGUUAAUACUGAAAAUCUUACAGAGAAUGAAGAUCAGAGAAGCACAGGAGAAUGUGAUGAUUUGAUGGACGUUGAUAAAAAUAACACCAAAACUUCGGAAGCUCAUACUGAGAAUUUCACCGGAAUUGAAGAACAGAAAAGUGCAGAAAGAUGUGAUGAUGCGAUGGAUGUCGAUGAUAGCUCUUUAAGGAGCAAAGGCACCGAUCCUACUGUCUCAGAUGAAGUGAAUAAUGAUCCUAGUGUUUUGCGUGAGGACAUUGAAGACACUGAAGACAAUUCUAAUGAUGUACAGACUCACUCUGGAAAAGACAACGCAAGUCCUGAACCAGAUCAAACUAUAAUUGGUGACAAGAUGGGUGAGGAGGAGUGUAUAUCUGAUACAAUUUCUAAAGGAGUAUCUGUAAAUGCUGAAACUUCUCAGACCUCAGAAGAAACUUCCUCCGAAGAGCUCAUAAGUUCAUUAGCUAGUCAACAAGAGAUGCCUGAGUCCCAAAGUGACAGUUCUACUGCGGCCCAGAAAGAUUCCUCCACCGAGAAAAGUUCCCAUGACCAAGGAGAUUCCAAGCUUGAUGUUCCCGAAAAUACUGAAACAGGUGCUGCAAACAAGCACAAAGUUGGUAUUCAUCUUGUAUCUACAUCCUCCCUAGUUUCAAGAAAAGAUGAUGUGGACAAGGAUACAGAAAAUGAUGUCCUGGAGAGCGCCAAGGCAAGUGAUGCAAAUGACCCUUCAGAAGACAGCCCGGAUGAAAAUUGUGCAGAAUGUGGCAAGAUGUCCAAGUGUAAAUAUAAGAUUCGAAAAGAAAUGGGACAUGUUUAUCUGUGUGAAGAUGACUGUUACACAAAAUAUAGAAAAGCAAAUGAUUCGCCUCGCCCAAAAGUUCUCAGAGCCCGCAAAUUAGACCAAGGAUAUGAGCACAAAUGUGGGCACUGUUCUAAAAAUGUUGAUAUGAAAUUAGAGAAGACCUUGACCUGGGAAACCAUGGAUUUUUGUAAUGAAGAAUGUUUAGAAAAAUGUCAAAGAACUCAUGGCUCCAAUUGUGCAAAUUGUAAAGCAUAUGUUCAGGCUGCAAGUUUAGGGAAGUAUUGUGUUAGAUUUGGCUAUGACAUGAAACAGUUUUGUUCUGCGCCCUGCUUGGAAGAUUUCAAGAAGGGUCUUAAAGUUUGUUCCUACUGCCAGAAAGAUAUUUCACGGGGAGAAGGUUUCUUGGCUCCUGUUGGUGACAAGGGAGCUUUCAAGGACUUCUGUGUACAAGAUUGUAUGGAAAAAUAUGAACAGAUGAGUAACAACACAGUCCCCCCAGAAGUGACUCAGGAAUGUGCUGUCUGUAAUGAAGUAAAAGCUGUGAAAGUUCAAGUCUUAUUGGACUCAAAAUGGCAUAAACUUUGCAGUGACCCUUGCUUUGCUGCCUUCAAGUUUGUGAAUGAUAUUGUAGCUGAUAAGUGUGACAUGUGCAAAAAGUAUUAUGACCGAGACCGCUCAGAAAAUUUUUCUGUAUUUUAUGAUGAAGCACCUCAUAGCUUCUGUUGCAAAACUUGUAUGAAUGUGUAUAUUUUGGCAAAGCGCAAAAUUGUCCCUUGUUCGUGGUGCAAGGUCAAAAAAUAUAAUUUUGACAUGAUCAAGAGAGUUUCUGGAGGUCAGAAUGUUCUUAUGAUGUGCUCACUUCAUUGUUUAGAAUUAUACCAAGCUUCACCAAAUACUGCAGCUGCCACCUCAAAACAGGCGCUGCCCAGGAAAAUAACCGUCAAAAGGGGAGGUUUGGUGGCUGCUACCAAUAUUGAUAAAGAUAAGAAUACAUCUCGUUCUAUGCCUGUAAUAUCCUCCGUGACAUCUUUGGCUCCUAGUGUUGGCCAACUACAACCAGCAUCUUCUGAUCCACCUGCGCCACCGACACCUGUGGCUCCAAUACUUUCAUCAGUAGCAAAAAAGAGCGCGCCAUCAUCAGACACUGUUAAAACUGUGUUCAAGCAGCAAUUCAUCCUUCGGCCACCUCCCCAUCCUGAAAUGAGUAACUGUGCUGUUCAGGUAAAGCCAAUGUCUGUGACUAAAAGUGUUUCAUGUCAACCUGAAGUUUGUGAAGUCGCAACUCAAACAGAUGAUUCAUCGCAUCAGCCUGUUUUGAUCCCUGUUCCUGUUCCAAUUUACAUUCCAAUGCCCAUGCACAUGUAUACUAUCCCUUAUCCUGUUCCUGUUCCAAUACCCCUUCCGAUUCCAGUGCCUUUCUUCAUUCCAACCACAAAAAACUCUGCGAAAGGAAUCCUUCAGGAAAUCAAACGUAUUCAAGAAAAUGUUCCUUCAGACCCUUUUGAAGCAGAAUUAUUAAUGAUGGCUGAAAUGGUAGCUGGGGAGAAAAAGGGUGAAAAUACUGAGACAGAGAGUGAAGAUGGUGCUAAUGAUGCUGAUGACACAAAUGCUAAUGAUGCAGGCAAUGCAUCUGAACCAGACUAUAGUCCUGAACACCAGGAUGCCAUUGGUGAUGAUGUAUUGCAAAUGGCCCUUAAAAUGGCCUCGGACUUCGAUGAGCCGGCGCCUGGCUUCGUGGGUACUGUAGCACCAACAUCUGUUUCACAAUCUAAACCGUCUCAGGCUGUAGAUACUAAAGAUGAAUCUGAAGGAGAAGACAUUGAAGUAGAGCGUAUAACUAGAUCUGGGAAGAAGGCAGUGAAACGAUCCAGUUCAAGAUCAUCCAGUGUCAGUUCAAAGCGCAUGCGAUUACCAAGUGCCUCAGAUCAACAAGUCCAGCCAGUCCAUGAUUCGAAAGCAUUCAUAAAAGGGGAAUCUGUUGAGAAACCUGAUGCUAAUAUGUGUUUAAAAUUUUCAUUAGGUGUUAAUGCCUGGAAAAAUUGGGUCAUUCAAAAGAAUGCUGAGCUUGAAAAGUCACCGUCUAAAAAAGCCAAAGUUUUUAAAACUGAACUUCUUCAACUUACAUCAGAUGAGCUCAAUUAUUCUCUUUGUCUAUUUGUCUGUGAGGCACAAGAUCCAAACAGUCGUCCAUAUCCUCCUGAUACCUUGUAUUAUCUUUGCCUCGGCAUUCAACAAUACUUAAUGGAGAAUGGUCGAGUAGACAAUAUCUUUUGUGAUCCAUAUUAUGAAAAGUUUACUGACUGUUUAGAUGAUGCUGUCAAAAGAUUCUCUCCUAUCCAACCUAAUUCAGAACAAAUUGUGACAAGAAUUCAAGAAGAGCAUUUAUGGGAGAGCAAACAACUUGGAGCCUACUCUCCAUUUGUAUUACUCAAUACUUUAAUGUAUUUUAACACAAAGCAUUUCAAUCUAAUGACAGUUGAGGAGCACAUGCAGUUGUCCUUUUCUCACAUAAUGAAACAUUGGAAGAGAAAUGCUACCUCCCCCAAUACUAAGGCUGUAGGAGUUAAGAGCAACAAUGUUCUUUUGAGAUUUUACCCCCCACCAUCAGCAUUAGCUGCUAAUUCUAAAAAGAAAAAGGUGUAUGAACAGCAAGAAGAUGAAACUAAUCCAUUGAGAUGUCCUGUGAAACUCUAUGAAUUCUAUUUAUCCAAAUGUCCUGAAAGUGUAAAAACACGGAAUGAUGUCUUUUAUCUUGUUCCUGAAAGAUCUUGUGUACCUGACAGCCCUGUGUGGUACUCAACUAUGUCCCUUGGUAAUGAGUAUUUGCAGAAGAUGUUGAAUCGAAUCAUGGUGGUCAGGGAAAUUGUUGAUAUUUAGAUCUCUGUUUCAUUACGAACUUGUUUUUAUUUUUUUAAAUGAGUAGAAUCAACUGUGCUCACUUCUGUUUCACUUGACUUUCAUUUGAUCUGGGCCAUUUACAAAUCCUCAAAAUGGUUAUCUACCAACCUGUGCUCUCUCCUUAUUGUUUUAGUUUUGAGGGGCAUGAUGUAUUGUGUCUUCCUAGAUGCAGGUGUACUCAACUACGUAUGUGGUGACACAAAAGACAUGGUUUUUUUAUGUUCCUCUGUGUAUCCAAGGUAUAAUAACCCAAGUGAUGUCAUUUACUUCUUAACAAUGAUUUUGAAAACCUGCUUUGUCUUCUUUUUUUUCUUUUUUGUGGGUUUUAUCACAUUGGUGAAUGUACCUUAGUCUUUUGUAGUGAAUGUAUUUGAAUUGUUUAGGUAUUUGUUGACAAGUUUUGAACAUUUUGUCAUUAUCUCCAGUUUAACUUACUGUGAUCCUCCUGUUAUGGCUUUUAGUGACCUUUAGAGUUGUUGUAUUUUAAUGAGUGCAAAAUAGUCGCCUUCCAUUCCUCCCUUUCUGCUAGAUUAUAUUAUAUCACCACAUCACAUGUGUAGGUGUAGGUUGAAAGAUUGUUCGGAUAGUAACAAAUUUAAAGGGAAUGGCUUAAAAUGUGAUGCAAUGAAACCUCUGAAGCACAUAAUGUUAGUUUCAUUGCAGGGUGAACAAGAUGUUCAUUUAACAUCUCACCUAGACUGUGAUUGCCAGCCAAGCACAUAAUCAAUGUUUCUUUUACUUGUAUUGAUGUAAUUUGAAUGUUGCAUCUAUUUUAGUUUUUAUGUGCAUUUUAUUUUUUGUGGCACUGUUUCUGGUUUUGUGACCAAGUCAUGAAUUGCAAAUGAAAAUCUCUUGGAUGUUAUUAUUGGAAUGAAUGCUGUGAAUGUGAGUGAAAGACAAGAACUGAUUUGGUGUCAUCUUAAUUCUUGGUUAGGGACUGUUGAGAAUUGAAGUCUGGUAUGACUGGAUAUUGAGUAAUAAUAAAGUAACUUAUCACCAGAAGAAAAAUAGUGUCAUCAUUAGAAGUAAAAAUUGUA